UUUUUAACUUCCACAUUUGAAAUUAAUCUUAGCCAAGUUUUAUAGAUAUUUGAAGCUGACACUUUGGGGAAUAUUUUCAUCCAUUAUCAGUUUCAUUUGGACCAUCUCCUAAAAAGUUAUAGUACUAAAUUACUUUGCGCGACCCUUGAGUCAUUACUUUUGCACCCCACUGUAUUAUUCAUUUUUGUAGAAAAUAUUAACGCAGGAUGGAAGAUAAUAGUCCAACAAAAGAUCAGACAAAAGUUGCAAAUUUGGAAGAUGCACAAGAGGAGAAAAUUGCCAUUUUAGAUUUUGGUGCUCAGUAUGGAAAGUUAAUCGAUAGACGUGUUCGUGAAUGUAAUGUUUACAGUUCUAUUUUGCCUUUUGACACAAAAAUGGAACAAUUAUUGCGGGAUAAGUACAGUGCAAUUAUUAUAAGUGGGGGACCAAAUUCUGUGUAUGUUGAUAAUGCUCCUUUGUAUGAUGCUGCUAUAUUUAAUGGGCAACUCCCUGUACUUGGAAUUUGUUACGGGUUUCAGUUAAUAAACAAACAUUUUGGCGGAAAUGUUUGUUUACAUGCAAGACGAGAGGAUGGACGUACAAAUAUUAAAAUUGACCCUCAAUCGGAAAUCUUUAACGGCCUUCAAGCCGAACAGAAUGUUCUUUUGACGCACGGAGAUGGAGUAACAAAAGAUUCGAUUCCACCUGCUGGAUUUCGUAUAAUUGCAAUGAGUGGCGAAUUUGUUGCGGGUAUUGAACAAGUGGAAAAGCGUAUUUUUGGCCUUCAAUUCCAUCCAGAAGUCGACUUGACUGAAAACGGAACUUUAAUUCUUUCAAAUUUUCUUCGUCGUGUUUGCCGAUUGACUUGUCGUUAUACUUUUCUAAAUCGAGAGCAUAAAUGUAUAGAAUUAAUUAGACAAACUGUUGGGGAUAAACAUGUUUUGGUGCUCUGUUCUGGAGGUGUGGAUUCAACUGUUUGCGCUGCUUUGUGUAUAAAAGCGUUGGGCUCUGAAAGAGUGCAUGCAAUCCAUAUUGAUAAUGGCUUUAUGCGUUAUAAUGAAUCUUCUUCUAUAAUUAAAUCCCUGAGCGCAAUUGGACUAGUUGUUAAUUGUUUUGAUUUUCUAACUGAAUUCUUGAACGCCAGGAUAAUUGAUAAAGGAGUAGAAACUUUACCUUUAAAAUUUGUUACGUGCCCGGAACAUAAACGUAAAAUUAUUGGUGAUACUUUUAUUCGUUGUAAAGAUGCUGCAAUUGAGCAACUCAAGUUGGACAAUGACCUUUAUUUGGUUCAAGGAACAUUACGACCAGAUUUAAUUGAAAGUGCGUCACAAAUUGCUAGCGGUUGUGCUAAUGUUAUUAAAACUCAUCAUAAUGAUAGUGCACUUGUAAGAGAACUUCGAGAUUUGGGAAAGGUUGUUGAGCCAUUACAAGAUUUCCAUAAAGACGAAGUUCGAGAACUUGGACGAACUCUUGGAUUGCCUGAGGCUAUUGUUACUCGCCAUCCAUUUCCUGGCCCGGGUUUGGCUAUUCGAAUUCUUUGUGCUGAAGUGCCAUUUAUUUGUGAAAAUUUUGAUGCGACACAAAAUCAGCUUCGUUCAAUUGUUUCAAAUUUUAGUCCAAAUUUUGAUUGCAUUUUACUCCCAAUUAGAGCUGUUGGUGUACAAGGUGAUCGACGUUCCUAUUCUUAUGUUGCUGCUUUGACCUUUUGUAAAAAGGAUGAACCUAUUCCUUGGGAUAAAAUUCAUUAUUUGGCUAAAAUACUUCCAAAUGAAGUAAAAAAUGUAAAUAGGGUUGUUUUUGUAUUUCAUGAAACAACUACUAAUUUAAUUAAGGAUAUUACUGUUACACAUAUAAAUGAAGCAACAAUUGAAAUUAUUCAAAAAGCUGACAGAAUUGUCUACCAGACAUUGCGCGGACUGGAUUCUUUAGACAACCCAAAUCCAUUACUUAAAGAUUCUCUCAAAUGUAUAGAACAGAUGCCAGUAGUUCUAGUCCCAAUUCAUUUUAAUCGCUUUUAUACUUUGCCUCAAGUCUUCCCAAGUACAAAACGUUCAAUUGUUUUACGCCCUUUUCUUACUCGUGAUUUUAUGACUGGAGAGCCAGCAAUACCAGGACAAGAUAUUCCCUUUGAGACAAUUAUGGAAAUGGUUAGACGUAUUGAAGCAGAAAUGCCAACAACAAUUUCUCGGGUUAUGAUUGACAUGACGGCGAAACCUCCCGGUACUACAGAAUGGGAAUAAUGCUAUAAUUAUUUAAAUUUUAUUUUGCUCAACAGGGCACUUUUAAAUCCUUUUUUUUUACUCUUUUUCCGAUUUAGAACUCUCAACAAUUUAUUGCUCUACUUGUUUAAUUAUAUAAGCCAUCUUUUAUUGUUGAUUUUGAAAUUUUCUGAAUUGACAUUUUGAAAAUUUAAAUAAAUAUAUAAUUUAAAAAGGAAAUUGUUUUUAAGUUUUUAUUAGGGUUUUUUGACAAGAUUUGAAACAAAAUUGACUUUAAAAAAUUUCCCCUCAUAGAAACGGAACCGGAAAUUGACUUUAAAACUAAAACCGCUACCACCAUCCCUCUCCUCUCCCUAAAAUCGAGGUUUGCCUUUAACCGC